AGUAGGAAGAUGGCAGAAGAGCAGGGAGAAGAAGGGAGAGAAACAUGGAUGAACAGCGGCGCCACCGGUCGGCGGCUUAUAUGUCGACGGAGGAUCACCGGCCAUACCACCCAGCGGUGGACGGGUUGGUGACAGUUUUAAGCAAGGCAAACCACAACCUUUCCCUCGUCCAACUCCACAUCGAGCGCGAGUUCCAGGCGACCUACCCUGAACACGCAAAUCCGUGCAAGAUGAUUUCUAGGAUGAAAAAGAUUCAGGAAGAGCUGGUCUCGCUGAAAGAUCUGUGUCAAGAGUUGCUUAAGGAGAAGCAGGAUCUUAUGGACCAAGUAAGGGUUUCUCUGUCCGCACAGAGGAACUCCUUGAACCGGUUGCUGGCAUCAUCUGGUCUUCCACCUAAAAAUGAUUCCGAUGAUAUUGCAUAUACAAAUCUAAAUCAGAUCAUUGAUGAGUGGAAGCUUCAACUAAAAACAAGGACAGGUGAUGAGAAGGAUAUUGAUGAGGAUAUAAAUCAGAUGCUUUUUUCUGCCAUGGUCAACAACAGCUGAGGUUACAGGCUAAAAGACAGACAACAAGAUCAAAUUUUCUCUAAUAAUCUUCAGCUUGGAUUUGUCUAAUGAACUUUAAACUUUAAGAGUUUCUAAUUCAGUUUGAAUCCUUUCCUGUUAUCAUGAUAAUUGGGAGGUGCAGGCGACAUAAUUCAUUAGAUCAAUCUAUUGUAAGUGUUUUUUUUUUCAAAA